CUGUAACACAUUUCCAUGUCUCUUCUGUCUCUGUCUCUGUCUGUCUGUGUGUUCGUGUUUGUGUUCGUUCCAGGGAAGAAGGUAGGAGUGAUUUUUUUCUUUUGUCAAAAUCAGUUGCAGUCCAUCAAUGUCCCGCAGGGUUCACUGAAGACUCAAUACUUCUAUGAUCGAAUUUUUUUCUCCUCAGAGGUGGAAGAGGAGCAGGAAGCAGAUGAGGAGUUGCCACUUGAAGUCGAAGAACCACCGACUGCAACCGAAGAGCCUUUUGCUGCAGAAGAAGCAGACGAUGUAAGACCCAAAGCAAAGUUCGCGCCAAACAUCACGGUUCCCAAGCCCUCGGAUGGAGACAAAGUGGACUUUGACGACAUCCACAGGAAGCGGCAGGACAAGGAUCUGGGGGAGCUUCAGUCCCUGAUCGACGCUCACUUCAUCCAGAGGAAGAAAGAGGAGGAGGAGCUGGUGACUCUGGUCCAGAGAAUAGAGAACCGGCGUACUGAGCGAGCGGAGCAGCAGAGGAUCCGCGCGGAUCAGGAGAAGGAGCGGCAGAUCCGCCUGGCUGAUGAGAAGGAGAAGAGGGAGCAGGGGGACGUCCGCAAGAAACAAGACGACGACCUGAAGAAGAAGAAAGUUCUGACCAACAUGAGCGUGCAGUACGGCGGGCUGGACAGUAAGAAGGGAGCGAAGAAGCAGACGGGGAGAGAGAAGAAGAGGAAGAUUCUGUCUGACCGAAGGAAGCCUCUGGUCAUGGAAAACCUGAACGAGGAUAAAGUCAAGGAAAAAGCCAGCGAGCUGUGGAAGUGGCUGAAGGGGCUGGAGGCCGAGAAGUUUGAUCUGUGUGAGGUGCUGAAGAAACAGAAAUAUGACAUCAACGUGCUUCAGAACCGAGUCUCUGAGCAACAGAAGUUCGCCAAAGGCAGGGGCAAGGCCAAGGGCCGCCUGAGGUAGACCUGACCCCUAGAGCCGGAGAAGCCGACCGGGCCCCAGCCGACGACGGCGACAGUCCCCCACCACGGGGUUACACUUGUAUUGUUGGUAUCACUUCAUGUAGACUAGUCCAAAACCAGCCUCCGAGGCAAAUUAAAAUCUACUCGGGCACAAAACACAAUAAAUAUGAAUUGGAGUUUUUUUGUGUGGGUUUCCUUUUUUUUCUUUUAAACUGUAAUUAUUUUUGUGUGUGCGCCAGAGUGGACGCCAGUUCAGCUUCGGUUUCAGAAUAAGCCAUUUCUUUUAUAAUUGAAUUGCUCGUUUUGUUUAUUUUUAUCUGUAACGAUCCGAACACUUCCCAAAAAAAAAGCUGUAUCAACAACAUAAAUGUAUUUAAUCAUCAGGGAAAUUAUAUUCAUAGUCAUUCACAUAGAGACAAUAACAUUAUUAACAACUAAAUUUCACAUAUUUUCGGCACAAUGUAAACAAUGAAAUAACUUAAUGCAGUGAACGGUCACAAUGAUUUGGGCUCUUGCACACACACACACACACACUCGCAUGCACGCACACAAACACACACACACACGCGCACACCUAACAAGUAUUUAAAUUAGCAUAGAGUGCCUAUGGACAUAUGUUUCUAUACAAUACCGCAUGGUACAGUGAAAUCAGUGAUGUGCCUAAGUCCAGUGAUUUGAGCAUGUAAACUACGUAGCUUUUGUUCAACAGGCUGAAAGCUGUGAGUAACUCACACAUUAGAAUUCUGUGAACCCUUUCCCCUUCAGGGCUCCCCUGGCUUCUUCCCACAUUAUAAUACGCUCAUUUUCAAAAUGCUACCGGCAACAGAUAGAAAGCUAAAUGAAUUAUGGAUGCGAGUUCUAAUUUUCUCAGAUCCAAAACAUACCCGAGAAUUCUUUGUGU